AUGUCUAAGCUCUUCGUUCACGGCCUCUCUUGGCACACCGACGAUGACACUCUCCGCAAUGGAUUCGAGCAGUACGGCGAAAUUCAGGAAGCUAUCGUCGUCAAGGACCGCGCCACUCUGCGCAGCCGCGGUUUUGGCUUUGUCCGCUUCGCUACUGAGGCGGAGGCCGAUGCCGCAAUGAGCGCCAUGAAUAACCAGGAAUUCGACGGACGUGUCAUUCGUGUUGACAAGGCCUUUGACCGCCCGCCCCGCCCCGAAGGUGGCUUCCAGGGUCGCGGCGGAUAUAACCAGCAGCCUGGCAAUGGCAACAGCUACCAGGGCGGCGGUGGUUUCGGCGGUGGUGGUGGUGGUGGCGGUGGUUAUAACCGCGGAGGAUAUGGUCAGCAGCCCUACAAUGGCAACGGAGGUGGUGGCUAUAGCGGUGGUUAUGGCGGCGGCUAUGGUGGCGGUGCGAAUGCUGGAUACGGCGGUGGCGGUGGCUGGCGCAACAACAACCAAGCCCCGGCCCCCGAGCAGGGCAACUAA